AUGGAAGCACAACUUCCAACCAGCUCAGAGCUCAGAGCUGACCUUGAUCGCGACGGCUUUGUCCUCAUACGAAAUGCCUUCUCUGGCGAAACUUUGGACCGUUACAGAACCGCCGCACAGAAAGCAGUAGACCUCGCAAGAUCCGGCAAAUGGCCCUACAUCCGAACUCUCCCCAAGCAAUUCCCUCCCUGGAAUGAAGACGCCAGUCAUGGAAUCUGGGGCGUUCAGCAUCUACUUCAUCCCGACAUGCCAGAGCGAAAGGUGUUCGCGGAGUCGUACUUCAACGACACGAUGCUUGAAGCUGUGUGCCGAUUGCUGCAGUGCGAGCGGGACGUGUUGGUCCUGGAGCUGUAUAAUAUGCUUGUACGACCCGACCGAGACUUCGCACUGCGCUGGCACCGUGAUGACAUCGGGCCUGAUGUACCUGCCAAAGAAGAAGAAGAGCGGCUUAAAGAACCUAUGAUGCACACGCAAUGGAAUCUGGCACUGUUCGACGACGCCUCCUUGGUCGUCGUGCCUGGCUCGCACAAGCGUGCUCGGACUGAUAUGGAGCGAAGUGCUGAUCCGUUCGAAGACGAUAUGCCAGGCCAGAAGGUCGUGAGGAUGGGCCCUGGUGAUAUCCUCUUCUACAACAACAAUAUUUUGCAUCGAGGUGUGUAUGACUCGACCAAUGAGCGAAUGACGCUGCACGGCACGAUGGGCAUUGCCGGGACUGAUGCAGCAAGGGCGAGGAACAUCUUGCAGCACGGCAUCGGCUCUUGGGCGAAGGAAGCGGACUUCAGCAAUCUGCCGCCCGACAUGCGAGAUAUCGCAAAGGGCAUGCAAGGACGAUUGAUCUCGAUGGGAGGUGUUGAUGAUGUAGGGUAUUCCCAGGCUGACUAG